UUUUACUUCAUUUCAAAUUAUAUUUUUCUUUCAUGAGGACAUUAAACAAUAUACUACCUGGGUUUUUAUUUAGAUUACUGUCCCAGGGGAAUUGGUACUUAGAAGAAAGAAAACCUAAAAUCCCUGAUAAUUAAGUACAUGUAUAUGGGAAAGUUGUCCACUUACCCAGUUGCCAAUUUGAAAUCUUCAUAGUCCUAUCGAUCUCAAUUUUGAAGCAGCCACAACUUUCUUAUUGUUUGUCCGAUUUCUUUCAAACUUUCACCAUUCUUUUUUAUUGAUUUUUCUCCUUUCCAAAACAACAUUUUAUGACCAAAGCUGGAUUUCCCUUUAAUUCAGCUUUGAUUUUGAUUACUUUGUGAAACACGUAGGCCUAGUCAUACAAUUCCAGUCAACAGAUUGGGGCAUCCAUCAAGUACUCACUUGCAGGGUAACAAUCUCUUCUAUACCAAAUGGGCAUGUUCUUCAGAAAUUGAAAAAGGCAUCUUUUUGUCCUGUAAAAGGGAUUUAUUUCAUACUAGCAUAUUUCUACAUGAAUGGUGGCAGGCCUUGGCAAUCAACUCAUUUUUAUAUUCUGUAUGAAUUUCCAUUCAAGCAUGAGGUCAUAUGAACAAAAAUUAGAAUGGAAUCGGCAAAGCAUAGAUGUAAUAUUUACCCUGGUAAGCCAGUCUGCCUAAACAAAAAAAUGAUGUGAAUAAAGAAAGCAAAAUCAAACAAGCAUAACAUUGGAAAUAAGUAUCAAGGGUGGAGGGGAAUUAAAAGUCAUAAGUACCUGUUGUUAGGAAGGAACUUUAACUCUUGUAAUUUAUGCAAAUGCAUAGAUGGGUUCUAAAUCACAACAAUUACAUUCGUAACAUUCCAGUUGGCUUUAUUUUCGGAAGCCCAAGUACCAGUUUCAAAUUUAUAAUAUAUUGCUUUAUAAAGCUCAUGAAUACAUAAAUGCUUUAUGGAAUAUAGGACAUCAGAGAAGUUCUCAAAUUUAGCACUGUACCAAAGUUGAUAAAAGGAAAAUUAGAUUCUUACGAAAGUUCAAUAUUUGAAUAUGUUCUGAUCAUUUGCACACUGUCAUUUAAUCCAUGAUUUACAAUCUUCAAUAUUAGGUACUUUGCUUACAGUGCAUGUUUCUGUAUGUUUUAUUUGUAGUUGAAAUAAUUAAGAAAAUACAAGUUUACGUUCCUUCACGAAACGCAUUUACACAUUUGAUCAUUAAUAAAAAAUCAUUAAAAGGGACAGUGAACAGUUGCCAAGAUACAGUGUUCUGAUAUGUGAGUUUUGAACGACUUAUGUUUUUUUUAUCUAACUACCCGGUUAGCAGAUAACUUAUCAGUGGUGUAAAGAAUGGACACAGAAGAAAGCAGCUUGACCCCUCUCCUUCAUAACAACUCCCUUGUCUUAGAGUUUCUUUGGGUGUGUUUAUGCUUCCACUUUUCAGGCCAGAAUCAGCGUUUUCAUACGUGAUUAGUCCAAAACACAGUUGCAUCCAUGCUUACUUUCACGCUUUUAAACAACGUUUCAGAACACUGAUUGUAAGCUUACAAAAAGGUACGUUUCAGAACAUUGUUCGACCAGAAUCAGGGUUUCUGGGGAAGUAUAAACAGAACCACGAUUAAACCUGUUUAAAUGAGGUCAAUUGGUACCGGUACAUGCUUCCGGUGAGAUGAAAAUCCGCGGGCAAAUACAGUCGCAUGGUUCUAACAGGGAAUUACCUCACACAUCCCUGGUUCUAUAUAAUAAUGACCAAUGUACAUUUGCAUGUGUGAUUAUCAAGUUAAGUACUGUACUCUUCAUCUAAUUGUCAUCACGAUGUAUGUUGAGGGAUUUACAAAAAACCCGGAACAUGAAUUAUGGUGAGGAGACAUCGUUGGGCCAGAAGCCCCAGUAGCAUGAAUAAAUAGAUGUCUUAUUAUUUUCUUACGUAGACUUUAAUAUUCUUUAUUUUGUUUUAUUAUUAUCCUCACCAUGGUAGAAAUUCUAUGGCUACAUCAAGUAGCUCCAUGCAAUUACUAAAAGAUCGGAAAUUGUUUGAAGUUUAAAUAAUAGUCGACCAUAACGACACUCGGAAAAAAAAAACUUUCAAAAAAUGGCGUGCCCAAUUUGACCUCGCUUUCCUGCUCAACGGAGAUUACGAUGCGAAGCCAGCAGCAAAUCGCGAUUUCGCCUCUGAAAAACAAAGCAUAAACAGCACCCACAGAACCACGUUUGCGAAUGCCGAUCUGAAACAACGUUUGAAAACGCUGAUUCCGUCUCAGCAAUGGAAGCAUAAACACACCCUUUGAACAACAUGCAAUACAAAUACAGCAUGUUUUGCUGUAAUUAAGCAGACUUUGCUCUGUUUACAAUUCUGAUUGUAUGAAAUACUCUUUGUGUUGUUCAGCAAUAGUAUAGGCAGCAGAACUAGAGCAGAGAGGUACCAAUUAUAUCAUUUUCCUACCGCUAUACAUAGGUCUAUAAUGGGGAACCCUCUUCAGCUCUUCACUAUCACAGGCCUGUUUUAUCUGCCCUUUUUCCUACUUGGAGUACUAAGGGGCAUUCUUGUUCUUCUGCUGUCCCUGGUCUUCAAAGGACCACGAUGGGUGUUUCAUCGAAAGACCAGGAACUCACGACCACCUUGCAUGGAGGACUUGCAGCUUGGCUCCCAUAAAUUUGUUACUGUGGAGGAUGUAAAGCUUCAUAUUGUAGAGUCGGGUGAUCCUAAGAAUCCUUUGAUGUUAUUUCUACAUGGCUUUCCAGAAUGCUGGUAUUCAUGGAGACAUCAGAUCAGAACAUUCAAUAAAGAUUAUCAUUGUGUAUCAUUUGACAUGAGAGGAACUGGUGAGUCAGAUGCCCCACUAUCCAAGAAGUUCUACAGUCUAGAUAAACUCACUGAAGACAUUCAUAAGCUGAUUGGUGUAUUGGGUCAUGAUUCCUGUAUCCUGGUAGGGCAUGACUGGGGUGGUAUGAUCGCCUGGGACUUUGCUACCCGUUACCCAGAACAGCUGAACAAACUAAUCAUUAUAAAUGCAGCUCAUCCCAAUAGAUUCAGAGAACUCUUUCAAAGCUACUACUUACCUCAGCUGUGGCGCUCAUGGUAUGUGUUUUUCUUUCAACUGCCAUACUUGCCAGAGAUGUUGCUGUCAAUGGGUGAUUAUAUAAUACUCCAGAAACAUUGCAUGAAGGGCCCAACAACUGAGGAAGAUAUAGAAGCCUUCAAAUUUGCUCUUUCAAGACCAGGGAGAGUGACUACAUUUCUAAACUACUACAGGAAUGCAGCACAUGAAUUUUUCCAUGGAACAGGUUAUGUCACCACACCUACUCUUCUCAUCUGGGCCACGUCACACUAUGCUCUUGACAACAAGCUGGUGGAUAAAACAGAAAGACUUUGUCGUCAAUUAAUUGUAGAAAGAAUAGAAAAUGGUGAUGUGCUGGUGCACCAGGAACAGCCUGACAUUGUCAACAGACUCAUCAAAAAAUAUCUUGUAGAGUAAUUUUUUUUACUAUGCUUUCCUGUAAAUAGCUUGUAAGCGAAGUUUAGUACAAUUUCCUCAUUAAUAAUCUAGUCAAUGUUUUCUUUUAUUUCUUUGAAAUAUUUCUCUUUAGUUUUGCAUAUUAGCAAUAUACAAUAAUGAAUAAUCUUUGUUGGUGAAUCAUUAAAUACUAUUAUCAUCUAUGUAGAGCGUUUUAGCGUAUUUUGGUCUGCAUCAAUUGCCCGUGGAGUAUCAGAGCAUAUCCCUAAAAAGGACCAAAAUCCGACGAAUAUUCCACAGGCUCCUGUACAAAGCUUGCCGUUGAAUAUGAGACCGUAUUCGACAGUCUACUGCGCAUGCCCGAAUGCAUGAAAUAUACAACGCGUACAACAAUGAAACCAAUGCAAUGCAUAGAGCACAAUGACACUCACUGAUGUCAUAAUGAACUAUACGUAUAAAGUCGCAUGACGACAACAUUUAUCCUACUGAAGUGAUGAUGCCAUAAUGUGAUAAGUGAUAUGACUUGUUCAACCAAAAUUCUCUCUCUUUUUUUUGUUUCAAUGAAACAGUCCUGACAACCCUUGUACAUUUGGAGAAAAUUCUAGGUCAUUUUAAAACUACUUAUCCUACUUCCCUAAUUUAUAUAUAUUGCCAUCAUAUAUCAUACUAAAAGUGAAUGCUGUGAGGAAGAGACAGAGAGAGAAAAAAAACAUCUGCAUGUGUUUAAAAAUUGCAAGAUUCUAAUGACUGAAUAAAGAUCAAACAAUAUUAUCAGUUUAAAUAAAUGAUAACUUGAACAGCUAGAAGCAAAAUUGAACUUUGUACAGUACUCUUUAAUUUGACCAGUGUUUGUUAGAUAUAACAGGAGUAUGAGAAAUAAUGACUGCACAUAUACCCUUUAAUAGUAUCAUAUCUACAUGUAGAUAAGGUUGUACAGUAUCAAUAUCACAAGUCUUUCCUAUAUUUAAUAGAUAGUUAAUACAGAAAUAUAAUCUGUUUAGUGUUUGUACUCCACAGAGUGACAUAGUGAUUUUACAGGCUACAUUGUUUAUUGUAUUUAUAGUCACAAGGAUUCUAAGCACAGGUCAGUUUUAACGUGGUUAUUUUUAUUUGUUAUUUAUAGAAAGUACUCAACUCAUUUCAUCAUAGCAUGAAAUCAUGGUGAAAUCAAACUGAGAUCUCUCUAGAAUACAUAAAGACCCACAUGGGCAUAUUAAAACAAAAAGUUAGAAGGAACAAAAAAAUGAAUGAAGAUAUGAAGUACUACAUGUACAUGUAGUCUAGUAUUAAAAUGCCAGAGUUUUAUAAAUAAUUGCAUUUUUGUUUCUAAACACUGUAUGGAAAAUUGCUAACUAUCUUCUCUUUGAAUAUGGCAAUUACAUUUUUUAAGAACAACCAUAUAAUGCUUGUUACGUGCUAUACGAAAGAAAGACUGAAAAGACAAGCUUGCAUUGAAAAUGAGAAAGAUCGUUCAUCCUUGUUUUUUAAAUAACUUAAUUUUUCAUGGCUUAACUUCUCACAAAUUGUUUUCCAAAAAAAUUCUUUGAAAAAAUAUUGUCCAGCAAGAGGAAAAGUUUUUUUUUUUUUUAAAACCUGACAAUUUUAUCACCCAGAAUGAAUAUUGCUAUAUAUACACUGUACUAAGUACUAUCAAUUAUCUAUAUGAGAUUAAUUUUGAAUCACUU